AUGGAGGAAGAAGUGCCGUUGAAAAUUAUCGAAUUAUCUGAUUUUCUUCGUUCACCAUCAUUACUUUCCCAAAGACUCGAAUUCAAACAAACAAAAACUGAAGAAUCAUCAUCUGAUCAACGACAAAAAAAUCGACAAGAAUCAGAUAGACUUAAAUUAAAAACUACACAAUCGAAUGUUGUUUUGUUAAGACAAAAGGCAAUAUCUACUGAUAAUCGUGAAGAUCAAGAAUAUUGCAAACAAAAGGAAUUAAUUAUACCUAAAGAUAUCAUUGUUUUUGCUGAUGAUGUAGAUCGAGAAAAAAUUGGUCUAUUUAAUAGAUCAAAAACUCAUUUUUCAAGACAUUUAUUAGUUACAUCGGGUGCUGCACUUCAAGCACUAAUACCUCCAUUAACUAAUGCUACAGAAUGGAUUGUUGUUUGUAAACUUAAAUAUUCUAAACUUUAUACAAAAGAAUUACCAACUGAAAGAAAUGUUAUUAUUUCAUUGAAUAUAAAACAUCCUUUCGUUCGCUAUGAAAUUCUUACUGCUUUUGAUUUAUUACAACAAUCAUUCAAUGAAAUAAAAUCAGCUUAUAUUAUGAUUGAUUUUUCUCAAAUAUUAAGUCGAUGGUUUAAAAAUUAUCUUCAACGUACUGAUCAAUAUCCAUCAUUAUCAAAUCGAAUAUUAUUUCGAUAUCAAAUUCGAGCAAGUAAAUGUUCAAUUACAUUAGGAAAACGACAAUUUCAUCAAGAUAAGAAUUAUUAUCGAUUUCGAAAUAAUCGUCAAAAAUUUCUUUAUAAAUCUAAUAUUCCAAUGCAAAUUUAUAUUAAUUUCAAUUCUUUACCAACAAUAGUUUAUUCAAUUCAAUUAAAUAAUAUAUUUAUCUAUUCAAUGAAUGAUGAAUAUAAACAAAUAUUAAAAGAUAUUGGUAAUGGAUUAUCAUUAGUUUCUGUACAGAGUCUUAAUCCUUGUGAAAUUAUAGAAGAAAAAGCAAAUAAUUGUAAUUCUCUUGUUCAAAAAGAGGAAAAUUUUUGUCAAGGAAAAAAUUCUGCUCAAGAAAAAAAUUCUGCUCGAGAAAAAAAUUCUGCUCAAGUAAAAGAAGAAAUAAAAUCUUGUUCUCCAUCAUCAUAUGAACUAAGUGAACAAGAAAAAAUUUUAUUUGAAAAACUUUGGGAUAAUCGAAUGCGAAUUCAAACGCAACAUCAACAAUUAAUGACAAGAGCAUCACGAUUAUUAUGUUUUUCAUCUAUUAAUAAUGAUUCAUUUUGUGGAAAAAAUACACAAUUAAAUCAUGAACCAAAUUUACAAAUAAUGAAAUCUAUUCAUUAUUGA